UGUUCAGGGAAGAAUUUCAUGGACUCCUGCUGAUUUUAUGGCUCAAAAUGUAGAUGAUGCAUCUCAUAUCGUGAACAAGCUUGAAGAGAAAGAUAUCCUUAUUAUAUCAAACGUUUUCAAGAAUACAACAGCGGCCCAAGCUGAAGGUGGUAAUGAGUUGCAUGUUCAUCCGAGUGCAUCAAGACAGCAACCCCCAGACAGACCCAGAAUGACAGGGAGAAGACCCAGAACUAACACCAGAUCAGGUUCAGGUUCGGGAUCGGAGGAACCGCACGCCAACCACAAUGGAGACACUGCCACUUCUAUGGUGUAUCUCAACAUGAGUAGCGAAGAGAGAUACAUUGACACACCCACACAGGUGAGGGUUCAAACGCGACCAUCAAACGGUUCAUCACAAGAAACAAACCUUUAUAACGACCCUUCCUCCGUGCACGAGCGUCAGCAAUCUGAAAUAGAGAUGCAGUUCCCCUCACAUACUGUAGUCAUCCCAGAGGAUAACGUGAGUGAAGUUUCGAAGGAGAUGCAAAUACAAUCAGACACAGCUAAACCUACCAUCGUUCGUUUCCAGAGGGAACAGGAGAAAACCACUUGCGAAGACUACAUGGAUCUUCCAGGACCUCACUCUGUCAUUUUACUUUUUAUAUUUUUAGGGAUCGCCUUUGUAACGGGAGUUUUGACAAUGGUCAUAUACACAGCGGUGGAUCCUGUAAACGAGGGAGCCACAGUUAAAGUCCUCUGCCUCAUGAUAAUCAUCCCUGUUUUCUUCUUCUCUGUCACGUGUGGUUUGAACUGUUAUGGGUGGUAUCUGGGACACAAACUGGAGUCGGAGGCCUGAUACAGCUGAAUUAUACUCCUAAUUGGUUGUGAAGCUCGGUACUACAAAGUGUUUUCAUUGUUUAAUUGAUACUCCUGCUGGAAUAUGAUUUGUCAACUGCAGAGACUACAUGGGAUAAACUUGAUGUGACCAAAGAGGGAUUCAAGCGUUUUUGUAUAACAUCAGAUUUAUUUUAGACCAGAUAUUGUAAUGACAGAUGCAAUGAGUAGCAAUUUUCCAAUUAAGUUGUAAUUUAGUCGACAUACUGGAUGUCCCGGAUGGAAAUACUCCGGACAAUUAGCAUAGUCCUUCAUAGUCAUGUCGGCUUGUAAACAUCAAAGAGUCUUAAAGUAUUCUGAAAGGCACUGAUGUAAUGAUCUCGCACAAGCUAAGGCCACAUUGGAACCAGAUUUAAAUUUCCGUCCUCAACUUUCAAUUUAUUAUUAUAUUAUGCAUCUAAUAUUGUAUUAUCUUAGUUGCGGUCAAAUAAAAGUUUUAAUUAAUCAGACUCUACUUUAUGCUCAUUUGCUGGUCGGAGCCAAAAACGUGUCUGUAGGUAAAUGAGUGAUAACAGGGCAUAAUAUAAACCAAGUUGCUCACUAAUUAAGCCAGUCACUCCAGAGUCCUGUGUUAGAGACAAGAUUAUUGGUUCAAUUUCCGUCUCGUGCUGGCAAACCAUUUACCCCACCAGGCACGGCCGCACGGGAAGGGAACUUCUUUAACCAUGCCGGUCACGGGUCGAGGUUAGACCACAUAGCGAUCAGUCCAUAAUCACAGAUGCAUCUGUUUGAGUGUUCCUUCAUCACAGAUGCAUCUGUUUGAGUGUUCCUUUAAAAUUUAUCCUGAUGCUUGCAGAUUGUUCUCGUACUAGAUAAACAUUUUUACAGCGAUUUAAAACAUAAUUUGGGUCUAGUAAUGCUAAUUAAUGCUUAUUGUCAAGGACUAGUGGAUUUUAGACUUGUAAUCUUCUCUAGUGAAAGAUCUUGAGAGAGUCUAACUAAAAAUUGAAAUAAGACAAGAGCUCUAGAACUAACGGCGUAAUAUACGCAUUGUAAUCUCAUAAUGCAAUCUUUACCAGAUAUAAUAUCAUAUUAUGAAACGUAAAUUCUGAUCCAAGAAGAGUAUAAUAGCAGAAGGUAAACCUUUAAAUCUGGCUUGAGAGAUCCGCUCAGCAUAAUAUGUGACGACAUCUUACCGCUCUCUUUUAUUAAGCAGAUUAUUAAUUUGUGAAAGCUGGACAGCUCAUGUUGAAGAUGGUAUUUGCGAGUGUUGGUUUAUUUUCUGUAGAGUAUCAAGAGCUCUUCAUAUUUUACUUUUUAAUGUCAGGCUGGCGUCUUGUUUCUAUGUCAAUACGAUAACUGUACCUGCUACCUACAAAUAAUGGUUUUUGCAGAUUUCAUUGAAAAUUGUCUAAUGUCUAUCAACAAAGGGCAGGUGUUACGUCGUGAAAUUACCUCAUAUCACACUCUUACUGAUUUAAGGUUUUUGUUCUUUACAUUCAAUCUAGUAUAUUCGAUUACUUUUUCAAAAUUUCAGUUUGCCCGCUUCACUGAUAAAACAUUAACGUUCAAGUCGUCAACACAUUGAGUCACAAUAGAUGUAGUAGUUAUAAUAGUGGUAGUAAAUA